AUGGCAGCUGCUGUCAUGCAACCACUUUCAGCCAUGUCUCUUGAUAGAGAGAUCAUGGCUCCCUCUCCCAUCUCCAACAAUCAAUCGAGACACGGUAGAAGUAGACAUGGAGGAAGUAUCUCCAACAAUAAGAAGACUCGUCAGAGAGGCUACAGCAUUAUUGCCGAACGCGACUCUACUGUCACUCGAGCCCUUACCAAGCUUCUCAAACGUUCAGUAGAACAAGACCAGGAACAGGGAGAGGACUCAGAACUUGUUGCAGAUUCUGAAGGCUGGUUUAAUUGUGCAAAAGUCCUCGAUGACCUCAAUUCCCUUGAUCUCAGUCUCUUAGAACUUCGAAAUAUCAUUCAGUCUCCUGCAAAAUCCCUGUUCACCAUAAGAUCGAUUUCCUCAUCCGAAAACGAGUCAGAAUCUCCUUCUAACUACAUCAUUCGUCUCGAGACCUCUUCUACUCCCACAACCACAACCUCGACAAAUAUUUCUUCCAUCUCCCUUCAACUUCUCACCACUUCAACCGUAGAUUUACCUGAUCUCAUCGUCUACGAAACCUCGUACGCAAACUACCCUCUCAUUCUCGCUUCUGGGGGUAUCAAAAAAGCAGGCGGGCAAGCUCAUCUAGCAUUCUCUAGUAUCUUUGUCUCCUCUGAUGGUACCGAAACUCGAACCUCUUCAUCCACUAGUAAAGAUGAUGCAGAUAUAUCUAUUUAUGUCUCUCUCAAAUCAACUCUUGAGUCCCACCCCGAGAUUAAAUGGUACAAAAACGGAAACAGGGGAAUAUUAAGCGAGGGGAAUGAUGAAGGUGUUGUUAGUAAAAAUGUGUGGAAAAAGGUUAUUGCGAGACGAGCAGAUAUUGGGGUCUUGUUUGAGAAUGGAGUGGUGAAGAAGGAGGUUCCGGUUGGACUGAGAGGAAAGGGUAUUAAGGGGAAGAAGGGUGGGAGGGGGAAGGGAAAUGCUUGGAAUAAGGAAAUGAAGGAGAGGAGUGAGGAUGAGACGGAGUCGAGUGAAGAUUAA